GAGAGAGAGGGAGGGAGAGAGAAUGGCUUCCAGAUCCAUGUUAGAGAAGCCUCAUGCAGUUUGUAUACCAUUCCCAGCUCAAGGCCACAUCAACCCCAUGCUAAAACUAGCCAAACUCCUCCAUUACAAAGGCUUCCAUAUAACCUUUGUGAACACAGAGUUCAACCACAAACGCCUCCUCAAAUCCCGAGGCCCUGACUCACUCGACGGCCUCCCCUCCUUCCGCUUUGAGACCAUACCCGACGGCCUCCCGGAAUCCGAUUCCGAAGCCACCCAAGACAUCCCCUCCCUCUGUGAGUCCACCUCCAAACACUGCUUAGCUCCCUUUAAAGGCCUCAUCUCCAAACUCAAUGACAAUGUUGCAUCGAACGUCCCACCAGUCACUUGCAUAGUCUCUGACUCCACCAUGUUCUUCACAAUCACCGCUGCUGAAGAACUAGGCAUCCCCCAUGUUUCUUUGUGGACAGCCAGUGCUUCUAGUUUCAUGGCUUACAUUCAGUACCACUUUCUUAUCGAAGAGGGUAUCAUACCACUCAAAGACCCGAGUUAUCUCACAAAUGGGUAUUUGGAUAUGGUUAUAGAUUGGAUACCCGGUAUGCAAGGUAUACGUCUGAAGGAUUUCCCAACCUUUAUUCGAUCCAUUGACCCUGAUGAUAUUAUGAUUAAAUUUGUGUUGGACGGAAGCAAGGUCUCUCACAAAACUUCUGCAAUUAUUUAUAAUACAUUUGAGAAAUUGGAGCAUGAAGUUUUGGACGCACUUUCAUCCGUGUCUAUUCCAAUUUACACCAUUGGACCUUUACACUUACUUGCGAAUCAGAUCAAUGAUGAUAGUUUGAAGUCCAUGGGAUCAAAUCUGUGGAAAGAAGCACCUGAGUGCUUAGAAUGGCUCAACUCUAAAGAACCUAACUCUGUUGUUUAUGUGAACUAUGGAAGCAUAACUAUAAUGACACCAAAUCAACUGGUUGAAUUUGCUUGGGGACUUGCUAAUAGCAAUCACACCUUUCUGUGGAUAAUAAGGUCUGAUCUUGUUACCGGUGACUCGGCAGUUCUUCCACCGGAGUUUGUGACAGAGACCAAAGAAAGAGGCCUACUUGCAAGUUGGUGCCCACAAGAGGAAGUUAUCACCCACCCAUCUAUCGGAGGGUUUUUAACUCACUGUGGGUGGAACUCCACUCUGGAAAGCAUUUCCGGUGGAGUGCCAAUGAUCUGUUGGCCAUUUUUUGCAGAUCAACAAACCAACUGUUGGUCCUGCUGCACUAAGUGGGGAAUUGGAGUAGAGAUAGACAAUGAUGUUAAGAGGGAUGAAGUUGAGAAGCUUGUGAGAGAGCUGGUGGCUGGAAACAAGGGCAAGGAGAUGAAGAAAAGGGCCAUGGAAUGGAGGAAAAUGGCCGAAGAGGCCACUACGAGUUCAUCUGCUUCAUCUUUUCUGAAUCUGGAGAAAAUGAUUAAGCAAGUGCUUCUCUCUCCAAAACAUUAGAGUAAUUGGAAUGAACAUAGUUUACAACUAUGUUUUGUCUAUUCCAUUUCCAUAUAUUGUAUUGUUUUGGGAUGGGUUGUUUAAGACUUAUUGUUUGUUAUUGGCAUUGAAUUUAAAAAUAAAAAAUAAAAUGCUAUAUGCCACUAUUCAACUCAUCAAGAUCAUAUCAGACAAACAAUGUGGGAUUAUCAAUUCUCAAACUCUUUUAACUUCAAA